AAUGGAACGUUUAGGUCAUCUGUUUCUAGCCAUCUGUGCGGUUCUACUGGGAUUGGCGUGCUGUCAGAACACAUGCAAUGACAUUGACUCACAAGCAUGCGUGCGCAUGCAGACGGCAGAACCAGAGAUGUGCCAAUCAUCACUUGGGGAUGUGGCUUGUGCCGGUCUCUGUGGGAAAUGCGGCAUAACAUCGCAACUGCCGACUACGACGACAACGAGCGCAACUCCUACCAUCGCCCCUUGCGAAGAUGUAGACACGAAUGCCUGUGUUCUGCUCCACGCCAGUAAACCCGAUUUCUGUGCGGACACCAACCUUGCAAAUGCGGCCUGUAAACGAUUCUGUGGAGACUGCCCGGUGGAGUGUUUCACGUGCAACGACUUAGUAAGAGACAUGUCAGAGUGUAACACCACCGUUACCUGUCAGAUGAAUGAGGCAUGCUACACAAUGGAGGUGUUUGGCUUUGAUACCUCACACGGCUUUAGAGGAGGUUGCAUGCCGAGAGAUUUGUGCGUCCCGCAUAGCGGCCAGCCUUUGGUGGGCCGCAGUUCCAGUGUCGUUCAUACCCGCUGUUGUGAUACAGACAGGUGCAACAAAGUUGAUGCAACGACGACCACCACAGUAACGACCAUAAGACCAACGACAGCUAGACCAACGACGACGACAGCUUUUCACUCAGCGCACUGCUUCGACAAUCUCCACGACUGUUCUCAUAGAUAUAUGCCGUGUGUUCUUCACAAACAUGGCUGCAGGCACUACUGUGGGGAUUGUUAAUGGGCCCUGAAUGAAGGAAGUUCUUGCUCUUUGGACUGGAAUUUCGCUAAUUGUGCAAAAAUAAAGCAGCCAAUGAAACAACUUGCUUUUGGUCAGUCCCAUAGACAUAUUUAUAGGAAUAUAAGUAAUGUUAACUUUAACCACCUCCAUUGAAUUAACAGAAACAAGUAAAAAAAUGUGUCCUUUGGUAAAACAAUACAAAAGUGUAAAAACAUUUAUUAAGCAAGAGGCAAAAAUAAGGCCAAAGUUUGGUAAAGAAAAACCCAUAAAACUUGUGGAAAGAAAUAAGUAAAAUAGGAAUAGGAAACGAAAGGGAAAAAGACACUUGGAACUUGGAAAUGGAAAUAUCAGCAACACUCAAGAAGAUAUCCUUAAAAGCUGGAAAUCGAGAUUGAAACAUAUUUAAAAUCUGUUAUUAAAAAUAGU